AGUGGAGUCGAGGCGCAGAAUUAAGGUUUGGGAGAAGUUCGCGCUUCCACACGCGGCCUCGUAACCGCAUCCAUCCCUGGCGGCAGCAUUCGCACACCAUUUCAGGCACCACACGACACCUCGACCACGCCACCCAAGAACUCCCUCUACUCUCCCAUUACGCGCACUAUUUCCUUCUGAAAUCGCCCGCGCAAUACAUCACCACCAAAUGCGAUCCCGAGUAUGGUGAUACGGCAAUAGCGCCCCCGCCAAACGGACACCUAGCCUCUCGCGCAUUCUCCUCCUCUCCUUCCCCCGACUUCCUCCACGAUGGAAGACAAGUACAUCGGCCUCAUCCUCGCCAUCCUCUCCACCCUCGGCAUCGGAGUCUCCUUCGUCAUCACCAAGAAGGGCCUCAAUGUCGCCGCGCAGCAACACGGCUUCGAAGGCGAUGGCUUCGCCUACCUGCACAAUCCCAUUUGGUGGGGCGGCAUGAUCACGAUGGUGGUGGGCGAGGUGUGCAAUUUCUCUGCCUACGCCUUCGCGCCGGCCAUUCUCGUCACCCCGCUGGGCGCGCUGAGUGUGCUCAUUGGCGCCGUGCUGGGCAGUUAUUUCUUAGAAGAGCGAUUGGGUAUAUUAGGGCGGGUGGGAUGCGCCAUUUGCUUGAUUGGGAGUGUGGUGAUUGUCUUGCAUGCGCCGCCUGAUAGAGAGGUGCGGGAUGUUGGAGAGCUGUUGCAUUUUGCUUUGAUGCCGGGCUUCAUGUUCUACUGCUUCAUCGUCACCGUCUUUGCCGUCGUCAUGAUCUACCGCAUCGCGCCAUUGUACGGCAAAAAGAACCCCAUGAUCUACAUCUCCAUCUGCAGCACCGUCGGCUCAGUGUCCAUUAUGGCCAUCAAGGGCUUCGGCAUCGCCCUCAAACUCACCCUCGGCGGCAACAACCAAUUCGGCAACCCGAGCACCUACGUCUUCGCCAUUGUCGUCAUCGUCUGCAUCCUCACCCAGAUGAACUACUUCAACAAAGCGCUGAGCCAGUUCAGCACAAACAUCGUCAAUCCCCUCUACUACGUAACCUUCACCACCUGCACCCUCGUCGCCUCCUUCAUCCUCUUCCGCGGCUUCAACACCACCGACGCAAUCAACACAAUCUCCCUCCUCUGCGGCUUCCUCACCAUCUUCACCGGCGUCUACCUCCUCAACCUCUCGCGCGAAGACCCAGACGGCAACAACCUCGGCAUCGCCGAAGGCGGCCCCGCCGCGCGCGGCAAAUACGCCGCCGUAGACGGCAUCCCCGUCGACGGCAUCGCGGGCGCCAUCACGCGCAUGAGCAUGCAGUCGCGCCGCAGCGGCGAGGAGCACCGACGCAGCAAUAGUUGGAGUUUGCGCUCGCCUAUCUCGGGGCGGAAUGGAUCCAUUGGCGAGCAGAAUUUGAUGCACUCGUAUGAUGUUGAGGCGCAUGGGUUGGCGGAGUUGGCGGAGGAUAGCGAGGAGGAGAGCGAUGGGACGGGUUCCGGGCAGAAGCGGACGUCUUUUGAGGAAGGAGGUGGGCGGUCGGGACGGCAGAGUCGGAGAGGACCGCCGUCCGGGGGUGUGGGGAAGGGAGGCACGCGAAUUUCGACUGAGCAGGCCUUGAAGUUAUGAUUUGGUUUGGGUUUUGUCUGGGCGGCGUUCUUGGAGCUUGUGUUUUUGAAUGGCGGGUUCUCUUGUUUCUACGCGAAAGGGAGUCCAGGCUCGGGAAGAAAAGAGGAACACGAUGCAUGGAUGGAUGGAUGAAAUGGAGAAGAGCGGCUGGGAGAAUCAACGCAUUUACGAAGGCGCUUUUUGCACAUAGCAUGCCUCCUUGCUGCUGCUGCUGCUGAUAAAAGGGAAGGCAGUAGGCGAUGAGCGCGAGGACUUCUUAUUCGCUUGGUUGAACACACUGAUCG